AUGAGCACUGAAAGCAUGAUCCGGGACGUGGAGCUGGCCGAGGAGCCGCUCCCCAAGAAGGCGGGGGGCCCCCCGGGCUCCAGAAGGUGCUUCUGCCUCAGCCUCUUCUCCUUCCUCCUCGUCGCAGGAGCCACCACACUCUUCUGCCUGCUGCACUUUGGAGUGAUCGCUGUUUCUCCUUUAGGGGUGACUUGCUCUGAUGCUAAACCUCCUUCUUCUCCCCAACAGCUCCCAAAUGGCCUCCAACUAAUCAGCCCUCUUGCCCAGACAGUCAAAUCAUCUUCUCGAACCCCAAGUGACAAGCCAGUAGCUCAUGUUGUAGCAAACCCCGAAGCUGAGGGGCAGCUCCAGUGGCUGAGCCGACGUGCCAAUGCCCUCCUGGCCAACGGCGUGGAGCUGACAGACAACCAGCUGAUAGUGCCAUCAGAUGGGUUGUAUCUCAUCUACUCCCAGGUCCUCUUCAAGGGCCAAGGAUGCCCUUCCACCCAUGUGCUCCUCACCCACACCAUUAGCCGCUUCGCCGUCUCCUACCAGACAAAGGUCAACCUACUCUCUGCCAUCAAGAGCCCUUGCCAAAGGGAGACCCCAGAGGGGACCGAGGCCAAGCCCUGGUACGAGCCCAUCUACCUGGGAGGGGUCUUCCAACUGGAGAAGGGUGAUCGACUCAGCGCUGAGAUCAAUCUGCCUAACUAUCUGGACUUUGCCGAGUCCGGGCAGGUGUACUUUGGAAUCAUUGCCCUGUAAGGGGGUAGGACGUCCAUUCUUGCCCAAACCGACCCUUUGAUCACUCACUUCCUCUGACCCCUCACCCCCUUCGGGCUUAGAAAGAGAAUUAAGGGCUCAGGGCUGGGCCUCAAGCUUAGAACUUUAAACAACGACACUUAGAAACCUAAGAUCCAGGGAUGUGAGACCCGGAUGACAUGACACAGCACUGGCCACCACCAAGAAUUCAAACCAGGGCUUCCAGCACUCACUGGAGGCCUCAGGUUUGGAUCCCUGAAUGCAACUUGGAAUUCUUGGAAUGUGGGGGUCAGGGAACCUUCAUUUCUGGCUAGAACACUUCAGAACAACCCUUGAGAAGAUCUCAACUAGAAUCUGACAUGAGUGGAUCUCACACCUCCCUUUCGUCAUAUGUUUCCAGACUUCCUGAGAAGGAAAGCCCAGUGACUCCCACGUGGAGCCAGCUCUUCCUAUUUAUGUUUGCACUUGUGAUUAUUUAUUAUUUAUUUAUUAUUUAUUUAUUUACUGAUGGAUGUAUUUAUUUGGGAAGUUGGGGUGUCCUGGAAGACCGAACAUAGGGGCUGCCUUGGCUCAGACAUGUUUUCUGUGAAAACGGAGCUGAACUCUAGGCUGUUCCCACCUGGCCUCCUGGCCUCUGUGCCUCCUUUUGCUUAUGUUUUUCAAAAAUAUUUAUCUGAUAGAGUUAUCUAAACAAUGCUGAUUUGGUGACUGACUGUCGCUACAUCGUGGAACCUCUGCUCCCCAGGGGAGUUAUGUCUGUAAUCGCCCUACUGGUCAGUGGCGAGA